AUGUUUAGGUGUGCUCCUGAAAGUUUACGUCGUCAAAUAUUUUCGUCAGCAUCGGACGCGUGGAUGUACGCCGUAACUAUUUGGGAAUUAUUUUCUUUCGGCGAAGAGCCAUGGUUUGGGCUGAAAGUCAACGAAAUACUUGAUAUAAUUGAAAAUCAACAUGGUUCUUUAACAAAGCCUCACUGUUGUCCACAGAGUGUCUAUGAUAUUAUGAAACAAUGUUGGAACUUACGACCGGAAGAAAGACCAUCAUUCAAAAUAAUUUCACAAAAAAUGAAACAGUGUCGUCCAUUAAUAUCGAAAGCUUGUAAAGACCACAAACAACCGGAUCAUUUGGGUUUCGUUGCUGGUGACACAAUUAGUGUUAUUGAUGGAAGCGUUUCAUCGUUAUUAUGGCGCGGUCAAAACCAUCGUACAAUGUUAGUUGGUUUAUUUCCCCGUUUACUCGUGGAUUUACAUCGAUCAAAGGGUUCGGAAGACAUUAGUUGGCCAAUAACGGGCAGUUUUUUCCAUACAGGACACAGUGAUGCUCGAGGUGGAAAAAGUUGGGGAACUAUUGACAAAAUUGAUGAAACGAUAUUGAAGAAUCCAAUUAUAACGCCAGUUGAUGAUAUGAAGCAAAACCGUGAUCGUGUAGAAAUUGUAUCCGAUGUUCUUAGUGUUAAUAAUCACAUUGUAAAACAAAUCAAACCUCCUUCAUCUGAUCCAAUAAAACAUAAAGUAACCCGACCACCACCAGCCAUUCCAAAACAAUUACCAGUACAGCAACAACAACAACAACAACUACAACAUUCUUUGUUGAUCGAUUUUGAUAUAGACGCAAAUCAUCAAAGUCCAUCUAAUCAACAAACAUCGUCAUUAAUUGACAUUAGGAAUGAUGCUGAUGCUUCUCCAAAACAACCUGAUCCAAUUCAGUGGAUGAUACCUUUACCAGAGCUCAUUACAAACAGAAACAUACCGCCAUUAGGUACGCAUAACCUAACAAGUUUUUACAUUAAUGCUAAUCGUGCAAUAGACAUACGCAUGUAUUACAGGCAAAACUAGAAAUUGUCUAGGUAAAUUUGAGAUUCAACCAAGCAACCUUAAAGUUAUCCAAUAAAAACAUGGAUUUAUCGAUAUCGUUUAUAGGUAUUUCUUGAAUUCACUAAGAUUUCAAAUCUGCAUAGGGAAACUCUUAAUAAAACAUGGGUUUCAGAUAGUCAUUUUGGGACUGAAAAACACAAGAUACAUUAGCAACAUCCUGAAAGCGAGCCAGAAAAGCAGAAUACAAUAGAAAUAUCAGUAUGAUAGAUAUUGUAACAGCAACUAAUCUGCAUUUCAUUUUAAUUUAUUCAAUUUAUAAUAUUUGUUUCACGACAAGAGAAAUUGUCAUUUUCAGAAAAAAUGAAAAUUGUAUCAUAAUUGUAGAAUCGUAUUAAUUAAAUUCUCUAUUUAUGUAAAAUAUCUCUUCAUACAAUUUUUAUUUUUCUUGAAAAAUUUAGCUUCAGUUUAUCUCCCUUUUGAAUUAAAUAGAUAUGUACCUAUGUAAUUUUGCAUUGUGAAUAUUUUCUGUUUCUGUGGUUCUGUAGUUAAGAGUAGUAUAAGAUAUUGUCU